CAUAGCACGCCAGGCACUCCUGUCUUGCACUGCCUCCCGCAGUUUGGUCAAACUCAUGUUCGUAGCUUCCAACUGUCCAACCAUCUCAUCCUCUGUCGUCCCCUUCUCCUAGUGCCCUCCAUCUUUCCCAACAUCAGGGUCUUUUCCAGGGAGUCUUCUCUUCUCAUGAGGUGGCCAAAGUAUUGGAGCCUCAGCUUCAGGAUCUGUCCUUCCAGUGAGCACUCAGGGCUGAUUUCCUUCAGAAUGGAUAGGUCUGAUCUUCUUGCAGUCCAUGGGACUCUCAAGAGUCUCCUCCAGCACCAUAAUUCAAAAGCAUCAAUUCUUCGGCAAUCAGCCUUCUUUAUGGUCCAGCUCUCACUUCCACCCUACAUUGACAUUGUCUGCCCUACCUUUUACCAACUUCUCAAGAAGGCUUUGUGGAAAGCCAUAAUGAAAUCAAGAUGUUUUACAUUCACAGCUUUCCCCUGAUCCACCAAAGCUUGCAACUCUUAUCAAAAACAGAAGUAAGGUUGUUCUGGCAUAACUUGUUCUUUAGAAGCCCAUGCUUGCUCUAGUGACCACAGUAUACUUUUCUAAGCCUUCACGGACCAAUUGUUUAAUUAUCUGUUGUAAAGACCUGUGCUGGUAUCAAAGUCAGCCUGUCUGAUUUGUAGUUCCCUGGGUCCUCUCCCCCCACCCCCCACCCCCUUCUGAAGAUUGGGACAUUUGCAUGCAUCCAGUCUGCAGAGACCUCACCUGUUGUUCUUCCCUGUUUCUCCUCUCUGGUUUUAAUUAAGUGGGAUGGGGUUGAAAUAUGUGGAAACCCGCUGCCUUUAAAGCAAGGGUAGCAUUAGGACCCAGGGGAGAGGCUGCAUUGCAAGACAGAUUUCUUUCCCCCUCUCUUGAAAGUGGGCAAAAGAGAUCCAGGCUCUGGGAGGAUAGCAGGGGGACUGAGAAGAGAAGAGACCUUUCAGACCAGUGCUUCUUCCCCAGCCCAGCACGACUGCCCCAGACUGAGAAUGAGGAGGACACUGAAUCUCUUCCUCCUGUGCCUGCCAGCAGCACUCCUGGCUCAAGGGCAGUACGACAUCGAGGACCCGGCCUACCAUGACACACCUUACGUGCCUUACGAAAUAGACAGUCAAGAUUAUUAUGAUUAUGCUGGUAAUGCAGACAUUGCUCCGCAGACCCCGGAGGAGCAGUAUCAGUACCAGUCCCAACAGCAGAACCAGCAGGAAGUCAUCCCUGCGCCAACCCAAGGUGUUCCCGAGACAGAGCCCACUGAACCAGGCCCCCUCGACUGCCAGGAGGAGCAGUACCCUUGCACCAGACUCUACUCGGUCCACAAGCCUUGCAAACAGUGCCUGAACGAAAUCUGCUUUUACAGUCUCCGCCGCGUUUACGUGAUCAAUAAGGAGAUCUGCGUCCGCACAAUCUGUGCCCAUGAAGAGCUGCUCAGAGCCGACCUUUGCAGGGACAAGUUCUCCAAGUGUGGUGUCAUGGCGAACAGCGGCCUCUGCCAGAGCGUGGCCACCUCCUGUGUCAGAAGCUGUGGAGGCUGCUGAGCUGGCGCUGGACGAGAGGGGAGGCCUUUCUGCACCAUGGACGCCGCCGCAGGAGCCGACCCCCGGAAGAGGGAGAGCAACUCAGCCGCAAGACUGCCUGUUUUGUCUGGCGUUUUCCUCCUCCUGCUUGGCCUCACAGGAAGUCAUUGGUGCUAUUUGAGGCGGUGGCCGGGGGGGGGAGCAAGGGCAGAGUCCCACCUUGUGCACAUUCAUAGUCUAGUGUGUUUAAUUUUCAUUACUUUUUUUUUAUUAAAAAAACAACGGUGCUAGAGGGAAAGCAGCUUAACCUGUGAUUCACGGGUACUGCAGGGCCGGUGGGAUAUUAAAAACCACCAGGAGGACCAAGGGGAUAUUGUGACCCCCAUUUCCAUUAACCCCCCCCCCAUGAAGCGCAACCAAAGGUCAGGGUGCAGCUGUUUUUACUUUCCCCAUAGCUGUAAGCCCACUUUUUGUAUGAUUCCCCCUCCCUACUUUUCUACAAAACGUUUAAAUAAAUAAAACAAAC